AUGUCCUUCCUUUUCAAGUAUCCAUACUUUGAGUAUACUUUUGCUCUGUCCUGCAGCUUCAAAAGCGCAUCGUUGCGAGCUCAUUAUGCAUCCCCAAGUCCAACUCGAUUAUUCGAACUUGAACACUCUGCACUAUGCCUCCGAUCCGUGAGCCUGCUUAUGGAGAAAUGGCCUUUGUACAUCACGUUGGUAGGUGUUCUUCGCUGUGUCUUUGCCUUUGCGAGAGUGCUGAAGUACCGUAUAGGUGCAAUGGUUCCUCGUAGCUAUGGAGACCAUUCAAGCUCUUUGAAACAUCCGCAUCGGCCUAUGACCAUUGCUCCUAAGCCGUCCACGAUCCCACCGAUAUCAAAGAAACGCCGGGCGCCUAACGCAUUCAUCCUAUUCCGGUCGCAUUUCAUUGCGACUGGGCAGGUUCCUUCAGGAAUGGUUCACCAGAAUGAUGUUUCACGCUAUGUUGCAGAAGUAUGGAAAUCGAAGUUAACCCCAUCGGAUCGUGCCAUAUUCUUCAAAAAAGCACAAGAGGAGAAGGCUCGGUUCGACAUUGAGGGACCUAGAGAACCUGCGAAGAAGAGGAGGAGGUCAAAGAAGGCGCACCAUUCGAGCUCACCAAAUUCAACCGCCCACCCUGACCUUCUACCAAGUCCUACCUCCUCAUCUGACGAUACGUUCGAAGCACCCAGCACGUCUUCCUCAAUCCCGAGUGCUAUGCAGCUCUCACCACAGAACUAUUCUUCGCCUAAUGUUCAUCCUUCUCCAACAGUCGGUGAUGCGCCACUCGCGUUCUCUGCACCACAGCCAAUGCAUACCAUCCCUCCUAUCCUGUUCGACUGGUAUUCCCUGGUGGACAAUCAUACUCCAAGCAUGGAGAACCAAGAUUCGCCUACCAACUCUAACAUGAUGCCGUUACCCGAAUCUUCCGCCUCUAGCUAUAUAAUCGACUGCAGUAUGCCUCUGAUGGACCCGGGUUUCAAUGCACUGCAGCUCGACUUUAAUUUUCAGCCAGCAGAUCUAGAUAUGUCAUUUUUCGAGCCUGUGGCUCCUGAGUUUCUUCUUCCUUUGCCGUUUGCAACCCCUUUUUAA